AUGCUAUAUUUAGUUGUAUUUUUCUGCUAUUUAUCUACAGUGAUAGCGGACACUUGCAGUAUAGAGGUAAUCUUUUAUUAUCUGAUUAUUUACACUGAUUCACAUUAUCAAAUAAACGACAAAAACAGUAUUAACGUACAUUUGAUAUGUCAUACACACGACGAUCUUGGUUGGCUAAAAACGGUUGACCAGUAUUAUUGGGGAUCUCUGAAUUUCAUAUAUUCUGUUGGUGUGCAAUAUAUUAUAAACACCGUGAUCGCUGAACUACAAAGGAAUUCAAUGCGAAGGUUUUCAUGGGCUGAAACCGGAUUUUUGUGGCGUUGGAUGGAUACACACAAUGAAGAAGAAAAAAAAAUUUUAGCUAAUUUAAUCCAAAACGGACAAAUGGAAAUUAUUGGCGGCGGAUGGGUACAAAAUGAUGAAGGAGCUGCCCACUACAUCGACAUUAUUGACCAGAUGACGCUCGGUCUGCGAAAGUUGAACGACACAUUUGGACGAUGUGCAGUUCCUAAAAUAGCAUGGCAAAUUGAUCCUUUUGGCCAUAGCAGAGAAAUGGCAAAUAUUUUUGCCAUGAUGAAAUAUGAAGCUCUAUUCUUUUCACGUUAUCAUUAUCUUGAGAAAGAAAAAAGAAUGGAAGAACAAAGCUUGGAAAUGAUUUGGAAUGCUUCAGAUGAUUUAGGAACAAGCAUCUUUACUGGAACGUUUUAUGCAGACAGUUAUGGUCCACCACCAGGAUUCUGCUUUGACACGAUGUGUAAAGAUGAACCAAUAAUGGAUUAUAAAGAUAUGGACGGCUACAAUGUUGAUGACAAAGUUGACCUCUUUAUCAGCUAUGUUAAGAAGCAGGCUGCCACACAGCAAACAAAUCAUGUCAUGCUUCUGAUGGGAAGCGAUUUCCAAUACAGCAAUGCGAAUACUUGGUACACAAAUCUGGAUAAACUUAUAGAACAUGAAAAUCAAACAAAAGUAUAUGUUAUGUAUUCAACGCCAGCUUGCUAUUACGAAGCAGUCAAAGAAGCAUCACCAAAGCUUCUGAGGAAGACUGAUGACUUUUUCCCUUAUGCCUCUAAAGAGCAUAGUUAUUGGGCCGGUUAUUUUACUAGUCGUCCAACCUUGAAAGGGUUCAUUCGGCAAAGUACUGCAUUCUUGCAGUUAGCAAAACAGUUUGAUGCGAUGGCAGAGUCUUCUGAAACGAGAGACGCUGACUUGGAGGUUUUUAAAAAAGCGUUAGCUUUGCUACAACAUCAUGAUGCUGUAACAGGCACAGCAAAACAGGCAGUUACCGACAACUAUGUUAAAAAGUUGUCACAAGGAUGGGAUAAAGGACAAGAUUUUCAGAUCAUUGAGUUAUCAUUCAAUGGUAAUGGACAGUUGAGUUCAUGCCGAAAUCUCAGAACUGGUCUAGAGAUGUCACUGAAACAACAGUUCUUUUACUAUGAAGGUGCAGGAUCCUGGACACCUAUGAGCUCCCAGCCUUCAGGAGCCUAUAUCUUCCGGCCAGCAAACCAAGAACCGUCAGCCUUACCAUCCGAAGUCUUCCUACAGAUAGAAAAGGGUUCCCUGGUCACUGAAAUAAGGCAGAUCUUCUCAACUUGGGUUUCUCAAGUCAUUCGACUCUACAAAGACAAAGAAUAUGUUGAGUUCGAAUGGACAGUUGGACCUAUACCAAAAGAACAGAUUAGACCAGUUUCAAAGGAGGUGAUUACCCGAUAUACCACCGAUAUUAGAUCAGGUGGAACAUUCUACACUGAUUCGAAUGGCAGACAGAUGAUCAAAAGAAAACGUAAUUUUGCCCCAUCAUAUCAGUAUGAAAAUGCAGAACCCGUAUCGGCCAAUUAUUACCCAGUUAACACUCGAAUUUCCAUAAAGGACGAUACAAAGCAGUUAACAAUUCUAACCGAUCGUUCUGAAGGUGGCACAAGCUUACGGGACGGUGAAAUAGAAAUUAUGUUACACCGGAGAACACUCUACGAUGAUGGUUACGGCGUUGGUGAAGCCUUGGACGAACCAGGGACGACGCCUGGAGGUUUGGUGGCUAAAGGAAAGCACUGGUUUAUUAUGUCUGCACCAUCGGAAGCAGCAUUUUUACACCGACCACUUGCAUACGAACUCCUGUAUCAACCCAUCCUUACUUUUUCUUCUAGUAAUGUGGAAAAUACAAAUAUUCUUGCAGAGUUCUCCGGUCUAGCAAAGAUGCUGCCACCACAAAUACACCUCCUUACGCUAGAAAAAUGGAAAAAUGGAGACUUACUUCUGCGACUUGAACACAUAUAUCAAAAAGAUGAACACCCGGAACUCUCAAAACCAGCCACCAACCUGUUCUCAACAUUCAACAUCACAAGUGCCAGUGAACUGACUCUAGGGGCCAAUAUCAAUAGCGACAAGAACGAAGAGGAGAGUAACCAAAACCGUUCUACCAGAUUCCUCAGCAAUAAACAAACAAGUAAUACUACUUCAUUCAUCUAA